AUGAUGCUAGGCAUACCGUCUCAUUGGAGGAAUUUAAUUCAUCCUUACAGAUUUGGUUUUGCUGGGGAGGCUUGCCCAAGAUGUAUUGUGCGGUCGGAAGUUAAAAGUUCGAAAACAGGAACUCUCAGACAAGUUAUGAGCUUCACAGACAAAGAAGAUCUUUAUGCACUCCUUGUGGACUUUUUGCACAUUCUUUUCUACAAGCAUGUACAGCUGAGUCCGAAGGAGCGACGUGUGGUUGUGGUCGAGUCAGUCCUGUGUCCGACUGUCGUAAGAGAUACUCUGGCAAAAGUCUUGUUCCAACAUUUUGAGGUGUGUUCGAUGUUGCUGGUGCCCUCGCACUUGGUUGUGUUGGCGACACUGGCCAUAGACACAGGUCUGGUGGUAGAUGUAGGACACAGUGAGGCGCAGGUGGUACCCGUGUAUGAAGGCGUCCCUGUUCUGCGAACGUGGCAGGCGCAACCUCUGGCAGGUGCCGCCAUAGAGCAGAGACUUAAGAAGACCUUGGUAGAAUGGUAUGAGAAGCAGGAUAGUGGUGAAUCCAUCAGGAAGUCCCAGCAGGCCAACAAUCUACCUGACUCAGUUAUUGAAGAUAUAAAAGUGCGAACGUCGUUUGUCACCAAACAAGAGAGAGGGGUGCUAUACUGGGAGGAUAAACAGCCAGAACCUUCUGUCCCUGAUGUCCUGUACCCAAUAGACGGAGAUCAUAACAUCACAGUACCAGGGCCAGUGAGAGAAGCUUGUCAUGAGGUUUUGUUUGAACGAGACAACGAUCAGCUGUCUCUACCCAACAUGAUCCUGGACGCCAUCGUCAAGAGUUCCAUAGACAUGAGGCGACCACUGGCAGAGAACAUAGUGUUAGUGGGAGGUUCUGUGAUAGCUGCUGGGUUCAAGGCUAGACUUCAGUCAGAGCUGAAGCUGUUGCUACAAUCCCCUGAGUACAAGGACAAACUGAAAAUCACCACCUUUAAGUUCCACAAUCCUCCAGGGGUGGAAAACUAUAUCGCAUGGCUUGGAGGAGCGUUGUACGGAGCUACAGAUAUGAUCACCAUGAGGUCCCUGACAAGGGAGGGUUACUCGAGUCUGAGCUCGUCUAGUGUUCCUGACUGGUGCAGUCUGCUACACAACCGUCUCAGCCACCAGAACGGACCGUCGUUGGUCAUCUGAAAAAAACUGCGCCUCGACCUGAAGAAGGUGUUCGCCCCCCUACCUUCCACCUCACCAUUGCCUCAUAGAUAGCACUGUAGCAACUAAUGUGUUUUAUAAACUAUGUUAUUCAGCAUUGAUGGUUGCGGCUUCCGAUUGGUCAAAAUGUCCUGCAUACGUCAAUUUGUCUUGUUUCUGGGGGUUUGAGUUGUAAAUCGUAUCUUUGGUAAAAGUAUACACUCUAUUUUCAUGCAGGUGUAGGUAGUUUUAAAAUAAAAAUGAAUAUAGUUGAAUACAUUCACAGAGUGCGCUGAAGUUGAUUACUGAUUCAUACUGAAAGUUUAUGAUUCAGUAAACUUGUUAACCCAGUUAAAUUCAAAGAAAUAAAUAGGGAUGGACAGGUCCCGAAAUUUCGGGAAUUUUUCGGGAAAAAAAUAUUCCCGAUUAUCGGGACGGGAUUACAUUUGACUCGGGAAUUUUUCGGGACGGGAUUUGGUCCGAUUGUCGGCAAUUUUUCCCCUUCGCGAGUGCCGAUAACGCCGUUAUUGCGAGCGAUAGGUCCGCGAACGCAGGAGACGAAGUCAUACCGACGAUCGCGCCGUGACCGCGAGU